AGCCAAAACAUGGACGACAGAAGUGUCUGUACUCCGCUGCUUGCGGAGUCAGAGGCUCAAAAUAACACAACUAGUACCCCUAACGCGGCUUCUGCCACAGGUGCUGACAAAGUAAUAAACACUCAAACAGAUAGAGCCCAGGUUGAAGGAGACAAGAGUGAAGAGGAGCUGCUGAAGAGUCUCCUCACGUACGACCACUGCCAUGUGUGUGAUGCUGCGCUGCUCUACGAAUCUCAGCGAGUGUCCCACUACGAGGGAAAGAAACAUGCUCAGAAACUCAGAGUGUACCUGCAGGCCAAGAGAACCGAGAAGAUCCAAGAGUCCACAAGACCGCAGCGUACCAUGACGAUGGAUAAGGACCAGUUCUGUGAGCUGUGCAACAUGGUGUUUAGCUCUCAAGUUGUGGCAAAAUCCCACUAUGAUGGAAAAGUCCAUGCCAAAAAUCUCCGUAAACAAGGUCUACAGCCCCCAGCUAUAGACAGGAUGCUCCCAGAGGAUGGUACGGAGCAUCUUCUGGACCCAACGGCCCCCAACACUGCACCGAAGAAGGAUGUUGAUCUGAAGGACCCCAACAAGUACUGCGCCCUGUGUGCCGCCUCCUUCAACAAUCCCCAGAUGGCGUUGCAGCACUACAAUGGACGCAAACACCAGAGGAAUCAGGCCAGACAGGACCUGCUCAAAGACCUCGGAGACAAUGUCCAAGAAGCCGACUCCCUGAUGUGUCAGAUGUGUAGCAUCCAGUUUAACUCUGUGGAGAUGUACCAGGCCCACAUGCAGGGGAACAAACACCAGAUCAGGGAGAAGAAGGUGGUUCACCUCUGCAAAUCCCAACAGAAAGACUACAGCACGUUUGCGGAUGAACUGGCAGAUUUCAUUCAGGUUCAGAAAGCUCGUGGAAUCAAGCCCAAGGCCGGGCAAGUCACACAACAGGAGGAGGAGGAGGGUGAAGAAGAGGAAGCCUUAAACAAAGGGGAAAUAUUAGAACUGAAUAAACUCAGGCCCAACCCCCCUCCCAUCUCUCACCCUCCUCACCCUUCCCGCCCUGGGUGUCACUACACAGUUGAAGGGUGGCGUCCUCCGUAUCAGGGCCCCUCCUGGCUGUCCCAUGGCUGGGACUACAAACGCCCUCCUCCAGCCCUCCCAGGUCCUCCUCUCUUCUCUAGUCAGCCCACUAGGAAGAGGAGGCACAGAAAUCAGUCGAGCUCAUCCUCCUAUACUUCAUCAUCAUCUUCCUCCUCCUCUUAUAGCAGCAGCACCAGCGGCAGUGGUGACAGCGAACACCGGCGCAGAGAAAAGAGGAGGAUUAAAAGAUCCAGACGAGAGAGAGACAGGAGAGCAAGAGAUGAGGACAAGAAGAGGAGGAAGCAGCAGCGGAGGAGAGAUGAUGACUCAGUGGAGGGGAGAAGAGAGGAUUCAGGAGGGUCGGGGGAAGAGAGGAAAAAGGGGAAAACUCCUGGCAAGCGGAGAAGGCGGCAAAAUAAAUUAAAGGAGGAGGACCUCGAAGCGGAAGGAGGGGAAAGGGUGAUGGACAAAUUGACGCCAGGAGACAUGAUGAACAACAGGAAAGAGACAGAGGAACAUAUUCAGGCUGAAAUGAAUGUUGAGCAGGGGGAAGGAGGACAAGACACGUCCAAAGCUAAAUACAAUAAGAAGGAGAAGAAGAAAACAAAAGAGACAGCAGACACAAGGACAGAGGAGGAGAAGCUGUGGGACGACUCCAUCCUGGGCUGCUGAGCUGCUGACAUUUUAAGCAAAACAUAGAAGUUAUAAAUAUUAGCAGUUUACAAAGCAGUGUUUACUUUCUACUCCGACAGUGUUGUUCUCCAUAGGUGUGCUAGCUGGCUAGCCAUGUUUAGCUCAUUUAUGUUUCUGUUAUUGUUUGAAGAAAAUUCUUACAGUAUUUUACAAUACUUUAUUUUUCUCUAUGACACAAAAUGAUAUUGUUGAUUUAGUUCAUUUGCACAUCUUUAUUUACUGGUGAUCUAUUUUUAUUUUUUUUGUCGCCUUAAUUUUAAAUGAUCAGGAAGUUCUCUUCACCUCUCAACACAUCGAUAUGUUUCUGUCUGGGCUGCUGACUGUGAUGCCUUCAGCAGCCUGUGGUUGGCACUGUCGAGCUUCACUCAGCAUCAGUAAAGCAAAUAAAAGCACACAGAUGUUAGAAGAGUAGUCCUUUCAUUUCUUUUGAAGCUCCGUGUGCUUUUACUCAGAGUAACAUCUGCUGAAAGGAGGCCAGCAUAGACGGGUUCAGCGCAUGUUGGAUGUAUUAGAAAGAUGCAAAUAUGGCCAGUUCUGGUUCUCAUCACAACUAUUGCACAAAGACAUUGCUUCAGUCUGUAGUGCUGUGUGUGCAUGUGUUGGGAUGUUUUUGCAGCCCAUACAGUGUUUGGGGUCAGACAGGUGCAACAGUUCGAAUGAGGUCAGCUCUUCACAAACUUCAUAUGUUCACAUGCAGUCUGUGAUAACUUGUACGGAGGCAGUUUAAAGAUGACUGAAACAUCUUCUCAACUCAUAAGGAUCCACUCCAAACUACAUAGUUGUUCUUAAUAAAUCCUGAAAAGUAAAAAAAUAUCCCUAAGAGUCAAAACACGGAGGCUAGGCGAGCCUUUUUGGCACAGCAAACUUAUUUUUAAAAGAAUGUAUUGUCCUUGAACAGCUCUUUUUUCUUACACUAUCUGCUGGGUGGUUUGUGGACCACUUUUCAAACCUUCUAUGCAAUGUCCUAUCUAAGGCCGUGUACUUACCUACUUUGGCUUAAAACAAAGAUAUUUUGUGGAAAGUUUUAGGUUGGCAGGCAAUUAUGCACUCAGACUUAAGUAUUCUGAUAUCUACAAUACGUUAAAUAAAGAACUGCCUAAACAGGCCCACAAAUUAAAUAUCCUUAAAACACA